AUGAAGCGUGAGCGACAGGCCUAUCGUCUUCCUGGUGUCGCCUCUUCGGGGUGCUUCCGAAAGAUGUACGAUGAGAUUGACAGUAGCACCAUCGCCUUGGAAUGGAUGGACACCACUCUUGCAGAGGUGAAAUACCAGCCUAGCAUGCGUAUAUACCCCCUCAUCGUGACUUUCAUGAGAGCAGCUUUGACCAGUUGUGUCGUACUGGAAGGCUACAGAAGUGUGAACACAGACUUUAAGCCCGCAAACAUCCUGCUCUCUGGCAUUGAGACCGGCUAUAUAACAGCUAAAGUAGGGGACUUAGGACUUGUGGUGCCAUCUGGCAGUCUUUGCAAUGCACAACCAUAUGCGAUGCGCGCUCCUGAAGUCUUCCUAGGCCAAGCAUGCGCUGAGCCAUCCCAGGUCUGGGCAGUUGCCGCGAUGCUGCUUUGCUGGAUAAACCCGGGAGUACUGGGCGUGUGGAAUAGUCCGCAUCCCUUCAUUAAUGACGCUUGGUGCAUGGCGAAGAUAAAGCGACUAUUCCCUCAUUGGAAGAUCCCACACUCCGACAGUGUUGAGGGUCAUUCGCUGAAAGCUGCAGUAGAUGCUGCUAAGAGUUUCAGUAAGGAAGUGUCAGAGUUGCAAGCAAUCUCACCUUUGUGUGAGGAAAUACUCCAAAGGCCCUCCGCCUCAUCUGUGUUAGCGUCGGAAGAGUUUAAGGCAUUAGAAGAGCUUGCGAGAACGUGA